CGCUACACGGGAUGCGGAGUUUGGUUAGAAGAGAGAAGAGGGUUAGUCAGUUUUACGGGACUGAUUACAUCCGCAAAAAUGGUCGAGGCUUUCUGCGGAACAUGGAAACUGGUGGACAGUCGGAACUUUGAUGACUACAUGAAAGCACUAGGAAUUCCUUUUGCCUCAAGACAAGUGGGCAAUGUUACCAAACCAUCAGUAAUAAUCAGCAUGAAUGGGGAUAGAGUGGUAAUUAAAACCCAGAGCAGAUUCAGGGUCACUGAAGUCUCAGGCAAACUCGGAGAGGAGUUUGAUGAGACUACAUCUGACGACCGAAAAGUAAAGUCUACCCUUACCAUGGAGGGAGACAAAUUUGUGCAUACACAGAAGUGGGAUGGGAAAGAGACCACAUUGAUUAGAGAAAUCAGGGAUGGAAAGAUGGUGAUGCAUCAUGAAGGUCCUUAUCUGGAUUGGGGAACUGAUGUGCUGAGACAGAACUGCCACUAUGAGUCUGGAUCGCUGAAGCAUCCAGCAGCCAGCCUCCCUCAGAUGAGUCCAUUAAAAUUCAUUAAUCCUCUUCUCCCAAGGCAGCCACAAUCCUUUAGAUAAAUCUUUUAAAAUAACAUUGUUGUGGUAUGGUGCUUGUCAGUAAAUCACAAUAGAUGGCCUUUCAGAUAUCUCGCUACCACUGCAUUAGACCUUUUGGCUCCCGUUUUCUCUUAAAACAAAUCUGCUUAUUUGUUUUUUUUAACAACUUUUGUUUAGAAAAUUUGGCAAAUGUAUGGUGCCCAAAAUAGUUAUCAGCAUUUGCUGAAUUUUUGGUAAAUUGUAACACAUAAUCUCCAGAGCCAGGAGCCUUUCCUAAUACACGAGACAAAAAAAUAAAGCCUCAAUAACAAAAUCUGGCUUCGAGUCUUUGGAAUCCAAACAAGAACCACAAGACAGUGAAGCUGUGCUCAAAUGGUCAUUACAACUGGAAUGUCUUCAGCACUUAAAUUAUCAAUCUCUCAUAAAUGCGAUCACUUUGCAAUUCAAACAGCUCUUCCAAACACAGGCUUGAUUCUUUUGAGGUGUGGUGUCACUUUACACUCAAGACUAUUGAAAUGUAGGAGUUAAUGUUGAACUUCCCACCCGACUCCCACGGACAACGCACACGCGUUGACCUUACCCAAGUCCAAAAUCUGACGUUUUGUUCCACCAACAAAGGCAAGUACAAGAGGAGCAUCACUUGAAGCUGUGUCCCAUUUGGAUGAAAUACGACAAACGCUGCUCUGUCUGCUGGAUUUUCUACGACAUGGACAAUCUCCUCCUUAUGGCUGCCAUUCUCUGGAUAGUUACAACAUUUGCUUGUGUCAGACAACCGAGUUCAUUCAGUGUAUCAACAGCAGGACAAUGGGCACAUUUCACUUGGCCACAAGAUUACGAGCACAAUGAAACGCAGUGUUAAAGCUUUCAAAGCGCUCUUCUAGCGCUGGAUGAACAGAGUGGGUUAUAAAACCCACAGCUGAGCUUCAUACAGUACGUGGUUUAAGCCUAGCUGUGUUUUAGCGUCACAGUGUUCACAGUUGAGUGUGUUGAGUCAUGCUGUUAAAUAACUGAGACCAUUGUAAUUAUCCGUUCAGUCAGCUUGAUUUGGGCAUCUUACACUGACACUUGGGAAAUAAAGAAAAUUGGAGUAUCAGAGAAACCAGGAAAUAGUAGCGCAUUUGUCUGAAUUUGGGAUCUGUUGAUGAAUAUUUCCAAAUGUUGUUUCAGAGGGUGGUUCUUAAUCAUUUACCAACAUGAUGGUAAAUGUGUUCGUUUGGUGAAAAUAUCCUUUGUAUUUUUACCAAAGGAUGCUGGAAAUACAUUAGCUGAACUUAAACUAACUCAAUUCAACACAAAUCAAUAAAAUGGGCCAUGGAGUCUGCAGGUGACUCAGUAAACCAGGAGGAAAGAAAUAAUCACAACUUCUUCUGACAAUUUUGUCUUAAAAGUCUCAAAAUCUUAGAUUAUUAAAGUGAAAAUUUGUAGAUGGCCUCCUUAACUUCACUCUAAUUAAACUGAGUGAACAACGGCAACAAAAUGACAUGAAUAAGUUGACCACAGAGGCUUUAGCAGAUGACAAUAUGAGUCAAGAGAUGAUCAAUUUAUACUUUACAGCAUUAUUAUUGACAAAAAGCUAUGAGAGAAAGUCCUUAAGCAUCCCCAAUGUGACUAAUAGUGUUUUCAUGACAGAAAAUAUUUCCAAACAGCCAACUUUGUUGUCCUCCUAGGAAAUGAAAAAGCAUCUGAUCUUUCUUUCAUCCAGCGGACCAGCGGUGUUCAGUAGUAGUUGAGUGAGGGCUAGGAAAACGUUACAGACAAAAUUGCCCAUCUUAUAGGUUGGAAAAAAUGUAGUUGCCUUCUUUGCAGCCAGUCUCAAGUGAUUUCACACACACAUUGCAACCUCCUUUAAUGAGGGAGUUGUUAGAGUCUUAGAAACUACAGAACACAGAGAUAGUUAUUAGCCUUCCAUGCUAAUGUCAGUUAGCCUGAUCACUCUUCAUGUCAAGCAAUUCCCAAUAGCUUUCCAGUUUGCUUAUGUUGGGUCUAAUUUUAUUCUCACAUCCAAGUUCUGAAUUUAGAGGUAACAACAUAAGUAGCCACCAACACUUAUCCCUGUUUCACUGUUCAAAUGGGUACUUAUAGAAAAACAUCAG